AUGCAAAUGUUCUGUUUGCAAGACAAGAUUUGGAGGAUCAGAUAUAGUGUCUUGACUAUUAAGAGAUCAUUCAAAACUACUGUAAGCUAUGUUCCUGAAGUUAUCAACAAUGAUAAACAAAACUCGGUAGCCAUAGACAAUGAUUAUGAUAUGGAUUAUGACUUUGAUGAAAUGAACACCAGUAUAGAAGCCGACAUGGAGACACAAGAGCCUAUUCGAGUCUUACCUCUCUCAGAAUCCGAUGCUGUCUUUGGUUAUGAGAAUGAAGAGUUUAACUCUGACCUUGAUUCUGAUGGUUGCGAAGACGAUUCCAGUGAGAAUGAUAUGCUUGAUAGUGAAGACAACUUUCCUGAAUUCAACUCAGAAUUGAGUUUCAUCCAUCAUUUUAUCAUACAGGUCCUUGCACUUUUUGUAUCCUUGUACAUUGUCGAUGAAGGCGCCAUUCUUCUCAUUGCCAUCAUGAACAAAAUACUUGAGCUUUUCAGAGAUCCAUUCCGUCUCCCAGUUAGCAUCCCUGGUCUCAAAAGCAUGGCAGGAUUCAAUACCUUUACAGAUGGUAUAAAGAAAUACGUUUCUUGUAGCAAAUAUCACAGCAUAUAUGAGAACAAUGAAUCAAAUCCCCGCUUCUGUAUCUUUGAUAAAUUUGGGAAUAACUCAAUGUGCAGCACAGCCAAUAGGAUGAUAGAGAAAUGGGUUGCAGAUGGUCUAAUUGACAAUAAAAAACUCGUUGCCAUGCUGAAAAUCGUUGAAAACAUGACAUUGCCACCUGAUUACACCAUGCUAAGAUCAAAGAUUUCAAAGGGAUUUCCCUUUAUGAAGGCAGAUGAGUGUAAAUUGUGGUGUCUGCCAAAUGUUUCCAAAGAUGAUGUACAGUCAGCACACAUAGCACUUGAGAAGUUUGGUAAAGGUUGUGAAAGGCUGUAUAGCAAGGAUCUGUUAUCUCCAAACAUGCAUCUCCAUCUUCAUCUUUGCGACACAAUCAAGGACUUUGGGCCUGUUUAUGAGUACUGGCUCUUUAGUUUCGAGCGAUACAACAGCAUCCUAAAGAAUAUCAAUACUAACAGAAGGAGCGGCUUUGAAAUGACAUACAUGAAAACAUUUAUUGAAGAUACCCGUAAAGGCGAUUUUGUUCGCAAUUUCUUGAAGACAUCUGGUCCAUUCAAUUUCUCCGGCAUCUUCGAUAAAUUGGUAACUGGUUAUAGUCCUGCUGAUUCUACAACUAGCACCGCCUUGUACAAUUGGUUCUCUCUACCAGACUUUCUUGAUGCUGCCAAAAAUCCGAACUUGUCAAUUUGUGGUAACAAGCCUUUGCCGCCAUCAGUGCUGCCCUUGCAAAAAAAAGCGUAUGAGAUGAUGCCAAGACAGGAGUAUGAUUGUUUGGUAGGAUAUUACCAAGCUAUUUACAAUGAUCCCACCAUCUCCAGUUGCAAAGACAUGAUUCAAGAUACAGCUUUCGUCAAUGACUGGAUUGAAACGCUCAAAUCCGUCAACCUCCUUGGCCAGACAUUCAAGGAAAGUAGAGGUACAAAUGGAAGAGGAUCAUAUAUACAAGCAAUGUUCAUAGAAGGUCGAAACGGAGCAAAGUAUACAUAUGUCAGAGAGAUUCAGUACCUAUUUGUUCAUUCAUUUAGUCCACUCGUUUCUACUCCACAUCACAGAACACCCCAAAGUAGCCAACAUAUAUUUGCUUAUGUAAAAUGGUACAAGGCUUCCAAGGAGACAAGUAGAAAAAUUGCAGGCAUAGAAAUAUGGGAUGUCGCGUUUUCUUUGCCUGACUUUCAAAGCAUCUUGCCAGUGCACCGAAUUCUCCUUCCUGUUGCAAUUGUUGACCAUACAACAUUACGAAAUAUCAGCAAAAAACUUAUUGUUCCUUUGCCUAGAAAACUUUACUUUUAA